ACGAUUCUUCAUAAGGAAGUAAGUGAAGAAGAGGAUGACGUGGACAGAGAUAAAGAAGAGAGCAAAUACUUGGAACGAGAAAGAGACUUGGCGGUUAAGGAAUCAACUUAAAAGAGUCGUGAAGCUCUUCUUCUUCGUUAUGCUUAUUGUUGUUGAAUGUUCUAGCGAUGUGCUAGUGAGAGAGUGAUGUGCUCUCUAAUGGUUAGUGUGAGAGUGAUGUGCUCUCGUCUCUGAUCUUUGUUAGGUGAAGAGCUUGUGAUGUGCUUGCCUUCGUCUAUGGUGUGUUAGUGUUUGGGUUAUCAAUAAAGAGUUAGUUAUAGAGGUUACGAUAUCACAAAACUUACAUUGGUGCAGUGAAACUGAGAUCGGAGCUUCAACGCGACGGCGAUGGCGGAGUAUGAGGCGAGUUUGAAGUUCUUAGACGGUGAGCAUCAGCGUUUGCGGCAGACGUCGGCGGAACAUGAGCCGAUGUUCGAUUCGUUGGAUUUGACAUUGAAAAAGAUAAAGCAAACUUUAUCGGCGUUGUCGAAUCACCUUGAGAAACGUCCGAUGCAACCGGAGUCUUCGCAUCAAGCUUUACAGCUUCCGAUCUUCAUCGGAGGUGAUCCAAAACAGUGGAUCGCAAGGAUUGAAGCUCAAUUUGUUGGUGGUGAGUGUUCAGAGAAGGAGAAGUUGGCGUUCGUUUCCAAUUUUCUCGGCGGCCAAGCAAAAUCUUGGUUCCACAAGGAACAAUCCUGGAUUCCU